UACAAUUGAAAUUGGCCUAAUGUUUUGAUUUCUCUUUGACUCUGAAAGGUCCAUUUAAAUAUAAUCUGAGACUCGUAUUUGGGCACCUGUGAACAUGACUCUUGGAUUUAAGAUUCUUUUAAACAACUUUUUUAUGUACUGCAGCACUCUAGAACUUAAAGUAUUCUACAUACUCUAGUUUGUAAGAAUUCCCUUUCUUUCUUUAUUUAAAAAUUAUUCCUUGUGCUCUUGAAAUUAAGGGCAACUUUAGUGGGUGCACAAAAUGCAUUCUACAACCAGUUCUUUACCAGCUAAUUUCUUAUGAAAAGCCUGCAUUUCAGGGAUAGUCAGUUAAACAUGUUUCCAAAGGGAAAACAGUGGUCAUAAUCCAACAUUAAAAUAAGUAGUUCUAAAUAAGAGUAGCGUUUCACGGGCUGAUCUUGGUCUUGAAGGGCAUAUCUGCAUUUGUGAACCUGGGAGUGCCACUGACAAAACUGUUUCGCCCUCUUGGAGUGCACCAAAGUCUAGGAAUUGGGCAGUAUAGUGUUUAAAUUGAACAUACACCCAGAGUGACUCUUUGUGCGUCUUGGCAUGUGCACAGAGCUGCUUUAUGCUGGCUACGCUUCCCAAUUUCUGCGUUUUGGCGUUUGGAUGGGAACAAGUGGACAAGUGUGCUUGUCAGCUGUGCUUUCAGGCUGACAGAGGCAGGCUGUGCAUAUGCUAAGAGUCAAAGUUCAACCCAUUACUAUGAUGUGGGUAUGCCAAAAACAGGUGUUUUGGGGUCUUGGUGUCACAACAGUUAUAGAAGCUGAGACUAUAAGUAUAAAAGUUCUGCUUUCCUCAACUGGAGGAGGGCCUGGAAGGACCUGAUAGAACCUUGCCAAGGAGAUGCAUAGGGAAGGGCAAAAGUCCUUAAAAGUAGAAGCGAGUAAAAGAAGCCUGUAGAAGAUUUGAGGUGAGAACCUGAAGGAAGAGAUAUUUGCUCUCUAAAGGUGAUUACAGUCUUAAUAGUUUCCUUAUGGACUGUUCUUGAUACUUCGAAAUAAGAAUAUUUGGUUCACUCAGAGGGCCAAACUAACCUGCCAACAGGAGAGAUUAAAGCACUAUCCAAGCUGCAACAUUACGGGGGGGGAAAAACAGAAGAAUGGAGUUGUCACUGCUCUGAGAUGGCUUAUUUCAACAUCUUCAAUACAACUGCUGCUGAUUUAAGUAUUAAUCUAGGAAUGGUGCAUUAGGAUUUAUUCACUGCUUCUCGUGCGUAUGUUUUUUAGAAGAUUCCUCUACAUGUCAUACAGGUGAUAUUUGGCCAGCUUUUUCAAGGCUAGUAUUAAUAUUCAUGCCACUGCUGUUUAGGAGCUGGUUAUGUAACUGGUUCGAUGAUUAGUUUGAGUCUCCCUGUGCCCCUUUGCUCUGCUUUAAUAUCUUAAACAUUUAUUGUUUUUUCCAUUCAAUUUUUUGCGCUAAAUGUCUUACUGACAAUACUGUAAGACUUGUUCACCACAAAAAACAGAUUGAAGGAGAAUUUUUAUAAAGCUAGAUUUUGUUUGAACUAAUGACUUCAGUAAUCAAACGCUAGUGUGCACAUGCUGAUAUACCUUUCCCUUUUGUAGUUCAUCUUCAAUAUUGUGUCACAGAAACCUACUUUUUCUCCAUGUAUUGUACAUUCGCAAGAAUUAUGUCAACUCUGUUUGAAGAUGGGAAUGGAUCCAUCUUUCAGUUUUUCUCACUCAUAUCUGCUAGUAAGAAAAGCCACAGUAUCAAUGUGAGGUAGUUCUUCCCUAGGGAAUAAGAAAAAGAAAUAUAUUCUAAGUUAUCUUUUUUUUGUUAGGCUGAAAGGAAUAAAGGAAUUAAACUUGCCUUCAGAAUUCACUCCCCAUGUCUGGAAGUAGGUUGACCUAGUGUGCUUCUCUGUGGGCUGUUCUCAUUUCUUAUACUUUACAUAUGAAACUGUGGCAUCAUUUUUGAUGCUGAAACUUAAGCUUUAUUUAAAACUUUGAUGAACCAUUUUAGUUUGCUUGCAAGCUGUCAACUUAAACCAAAUGGAAGCAUGGUGACAACCACUUUUGCUAUUAUGUGAAAUUUGAUGCCUUAGCAGUUCUAUUUAUAACUUGUCCUGCUUUGCAACAGUGCCUAUGUUUGGAAACACUUUAAAAUGAGGUGUUCAUGUGUUUUUUCCCUAUUAUACUCUAUCCUAAAUAAAUUUAAAUUGCCGCUUAUAUUGAUUCUCUUUUAUGGUGGAUUUUUUUUCCUCUUCACACAAAAAAGAAUGAUAUGAUUGCCUUAAAUGGAUUCAGGGAGCCUAAGAAAUCGGUGUACUUCCACUGCUUUGUGGUAAGCAUCUGAUUCCUUAGCUGUUAUGUUUAAUACCCAGGAAAUCUGCCCAUUAUUUUUGGCUUUCCUUAAUUAGAAGUCACAGGAAUGCUUCAGCUUUGAGGCCCUUGAUAACCUAAUUAUAGAGGGUUUUUCCUAUGUAAUUAUGACAAUGAAGGGUUCUCUCAACAAAUGACUUGCAACAAAGUUAUUUCUCUUUUUUUAAACUAUGUGCAACCUGGACAUAAACCUGUGCACAUGUUCUCUAACAAAAUGCAUGUUCACAGAUUUGUACAGGUCACAAAGAUGUUGUGAGUUUUAAAACUCCCUGAUGUCACCAUGAUCAGCUGAAUAAUGUGGGAAAAACCUACUCUUUGCAUCUGCAAAGAGAAAUCACUUCUUAAGCCUGACAGUGCGUAUCAAGGGGGAGUGUUUUUUCUCACAGUACAUUUUCCAACAGACUAUCCUUUCAAACCACCAAAGAUUGCUUUCACAACAAAAAUUUACCACCCAAACAUAAACAGUAAUGGGAGUAUUUGUCUUGACAUCCUGAGGUCACAGUGGUCACCAGCUCUGACUGUAUCUAAAGUUUUAUUGUCCAUAUGCUCCUUACUUUGUGAUCCUAAUCCAGAUGAUCCUUUAGUACCAGAUAUUGCACAAAUCUACAAAUCAGACAAGGAAAAAUACAACAGACAUGCAAGAGAAUGGACUCAGAAAUAUGCAAUGUAAACUUGUGAACACUUUUUCAUACACCACAGAGUACUGUAAAUUCUAGGUUUUUUCAAAAUUAGAAGUAAAUGGAGCACAGUUUGCUGUUUCAGUGUACCAUGAGGGCCCUUUUGAUUUUUUACCCAUGCGAGUGUGUUUCUGGAACAAGAAAAAAACAAGCUUCCAAAAAUAAACUUAAGACUGUGAUGAGAGUAUUUAUCCUUUUUGUAUGCUUUGCAAAAGACAUUUAUUAUGGUUUUUAAGAAACUUGGACAUCUGUAUCUUCAGCCUACAAGAUCCAUAAUGCAGUUGUAAAGCAACCAAAUUAUUUUUGCUGGAAAAAAUGUUUUUACAUGAUACUGCAUGUGUCUUUUAAGAUAUGUUGUCAGUUUCAUAAGUAUGUUCAAAUGUCAUGGUUAGUUCAUUUAUGUAAUUUGUAUUUUUUUACUGUAUAGACUAAAUAUAUUUUAUUUACCAUGUAAGUCAGUUCAUUUUAGACUUUUUCUUGUGCACAGUAUUGACAAAAUACAACUGCUAGUAAUGAAUGAAUGGGGUGUCUCUUCCCAUAUGAUAUUUUACAGACUGAUUGCAAAUUCUUAAAACCUAAAUGAUCUUUGCACUGUAAUUCAGUAUGCUGAUUAUGGAGAAACACUUGGAUUUUUUUAAUUCUGUUGCAUACUUGAGUUUAAUUUUAUUGCAAUGUGAACUAAUUGCACUGCUAUGUAGAAAGAUAUGUAACUGUCUUGUUUGUUGCUAUUCACAACUGAUUCUUCCCUCUCUGCUCCCUUCCUUUCUCCCCGCAUAGUCAAAUAACAUUCUCGCAGUUCAUUUACAAAUCAUACUGUAGCUUUUCCAUAUAAAUAAAAUGCAUUUUCUACUAUUGGUCUUGGCUAUUUUUUAAAUCAUGCAUAUCCUUGCAAGUGCUUGCUCUAUACCUAAAACAUUAAACCAUUAUGUAUGCAUCUGAAUUCCAGGCAAAAGAGAGAGUGAAGCCAUGCCUUUAAUAUUACUCCAAACUGAGUUACAGUUAACUUUACACUGACUUCAGCUCAGUUGAGAGAGUAUACUAUACCCACUUCUUGUGUAGGAUUUCAGCAAUGUUGAAUCCCACACUAAUCACUUAUGAACUAUUUCCUUUAGUCAGAAAAGGUAUCAGAUGUUUUUUUUAGAGACUUCACUUACAUUGGUGUAAGUGAAUAUUUUCAAUAUUGGAAUGUCACAGUAUAGAAUUUUCCCUCGUGUCUAACAGUAUUUUCAUCUACUACUGUUUGCAUGUGAAGCUAACUUUUUUCCUAUUAACAGUUGUUUCUGUCUCCUUCACAGUAUGCAUGCAGAAAACACACAAUAUGGGAGAAAAAACACCUUUUUAUAUAUACUUAAAUAAAAAUCAUUUUAAUCCCCUCCAUAGAUUAUUUUAAGGUACUAAAUUGCUGUUAAAAUGCAUGAUUAGUUUAUUACUUUCAAUUUUCUGUAUUAAGCUGGCUUGAAUGGGAAAUUUGCCACCGAAAGAAACAGAAAAUUUUAAGAUAAGAAUAAGUUUUGGGCUUCACUUGUUUUUUACUUGAAGCAAACCUCUAACUGGAAUGAAUAUACAGAAAAGAAGCAUGCACCCUAGACUUUAAAACCACUGGAAAUUUAUUGAUUAAAACUCCUUAAGUAGAUCACUACCUUACAACUGUCCAGAUUAUUCAACAGUAUAAAUUGGUCACUUGUAGGAGACUGUCACCUUUCUUUCAUCUAACAUGCAAUUGACCUGAGACAAAAGCUUGACAGAUUUAAUGUAUUGUAUUACACUGGUUUUUUUUUAAAGUGUUGUACACAUCGGAACAGGCCAACCUCUCUAAAAUGUUCAAUAAAGGAUUUUUGUAGUAAUACACACGAGCACUUUCACUAUACUUGAAAUGGCAUAUUGUAGCUAGGGAGGCUACACUGUGUGUGUGUAGAGAGAGACUAAUUGGCAGCAAAGAAUUCUGAUUAAUAGAAUGCAUCCCCAGAGCUUUUUUCCUCUUUUUCUUCGCUUGUUAAUAAUAGGCUCAUACUAAAACAAAUUAUUUAUUUAAUACAUUAUGUUGACCUGUGUCAAACUUGGAAGUUUGACUUGCAUGUCAGUUAAUGACUAUUCUUUGUCUUUUUUGUUGUUUUCUACUAAUACAUAAUAGAGUUGGUUUGAAAAUGUUUAUACUUAAAUUGGUGCUCUGAAGUACUGUAUAUGCCGUGCACAAAGGAAUUGUUUUCUACCAUAAUGUAAGAUGUACAGGAUGAGCAAUAACAUGCAAAUUAACUGGUAACAGGAAAUAUGGCAGACUUCAAUAAUAGUUUAUACUUCAUAGGAAUCCAUCAAGACACUUUUUAUAUUUUCUUUUUGUUUUUUUGACAGCAUUUAAAAUGGUAUUUCAGUCUGUGACCCCACAAUCAAUCCCUUAACUCAGUGUUCCUGUCCUGGAAAUAGCAUGUAUAAUGCUUUAGUCUGAAAUAGUGUGGCUUUCUCUGGACUGGAAUUGUAUGUAAAUCAAACUGUAUUUACUAAGAGAGCAUUUAGCUGUUGUUGAAUAAGCUUGAAUUGCCUGGUAAAUAAUAUAUACUAAGCAGUUGAUUAUGGGGACAACACGUUUCCUCUUACCAAAAGGUUGCUCAGUCCUGUGGCUUUCAUUAUGGAAUAAAUAAUGGUGAUGUGUGUUUCUUUUUCUCUUCACUCAAACACUCUUAAUGGUCACUGUGAGAUGUCUCAGUGGGGGCACUAUUUGAGCCAUGUAGUUACCCUCUGUGCUCAGCACUGACACUUCUGCAACUAAAGUAUUGCUGUAUCAUUAGAAAUUGUUGAAGAUGUAAUCCAAGUUUAUGGCCAUUAUUCUGUUCUAUUAAAUAUAGAAUGCUUUUUUUAAUCAGCUUCUGUUUAAUAAGGUUUGAUGUGAUUUCUCCCCCACCCCCUCCUACCUAAAGAUGCCAAUUGAAGCCUAUAGAAAAAUAAAGAUUAAAAAAAUUGUA